UGGGAACUGUAACGCAUAUGUUGUAUCUACUCGGACAUUUUAGUUUACAAAACCGGAAAUGUGUGCGUCGUUGUUUUCGUUCCCCCGAAUUUCAAGAUAAAGGAGGUAAACAUGUCUUUCCCUGUGAGUAUCGGGGCUCUGCUUAAAGCAGACCUCCAGGAGGACGCUGCCAGCCGGGACGAGGGCUUGUGUGUUGUCGGUAUUUUUGGUAAAAGCAACAUGCAACCCGGACCACCGAAGGAGUCUUUUAUCAACAAUUUGGCGGACAAACACAUCUUCUCGCUGUUCGACGGACCGGAAGACGGCGGCACCGCGGACAGCCACAUCCAGGCCUUCUACAGCCAGGAGAGCCGGGUGCUGUACCUGCUGCUGUCCUCCGUCUGCGACAGCCGGCAGCUUCUGCGGGCCUGCGAGUCUCUGAGCGCCGGCACCGGCCACUCCGACGCCCACGACUUCUGGAAGGGCCUGGACCGACAGCACUGCCUCCAUCUGCUCUACAUGUUCUCCGUGUGCCACGUCCUCCUGCUCGUGCACCCCAACCAGACCUUCGAUGUGACCUACGACCGGCUCUUCAGAGCCCUGGACGCCCUGCGACAGAAGGUGCUGCCUCUGAUCCGGGCUGCCAUCAAAGACUGUCCGGUGUCCAAAGAGUGGAAGGUGAACUGUCGGCCCUGCCCUCCACGCCUGCUCUUCGUCUUCCAGAUGAACGGCUCUCUGAAGGUCUCUGCAAACGGUUCAGAGUCUGGGGGAAACCCAGACAAGCCCAAAAAGCACUCCCCCAGGAGGAGGUUGCAGCAUGCCCUGGAGGACCAAAUUUAUCGGAUCUUCCGUAAAAGCAGAGUCCUGACCAACCAGAGCAGCAACUGCUUGUUCACCGUGCCCGCCAACCAAGCGUUUGUGUACGUGAUACCGGCAGUAGACGAGGACCCUCUGGGGGCCCUGCUUGGUCAGCUGCGGUCCAACUGCAUCUUGUGUGAACAAGACACGGUCACGGUGGUGUCAGGGCCGAGGCGUUAUCAGCAGAUGAGACGUUCUGUUCGGCAGUCCAGCUGCGGCGGAGACCCAGGCAGCAUGUCGAUGGGGGGUCAGCUGGUGGACUACAGCCUGAAGGAAUUCCUCUGGCAGCACGUGGAGCUGGUGCUCACCAAGAAAGGCUUUGACGACAGCGUCGGCCGCAACCCACAACCUUCCCACUUUGAGCUGCCGACCUACUCCAAAUGGGUCCAGGUCGCCUCCAGACUCCACCAAGUCCUGAUUAGCAACACAGAAGAAGAAUUAGCCGAGCUAGCCGCGAAAGUGCAAGGCCAACUGAAGGUUUUGGAGGCUUUUCUCGAUGCUGACGCAAAGUUCUCUGAGAACCGGUGCCAGAAAGCUCUGCCACUGGCUCACAGCGCCUACCAGUCCAACCUUCCCCAUAACUACACCACCACAGUGCACAAAAACCAGCUGGCGCAGGCUCUGCGGGUGUACAGCCAGCAUGCCCGAGGAGUUGCUUUCCAGCGCUACGCUCUGCAGCUUCACGAGGACUGCUACAAGUUCUGGAGCAACGGCCACCAGCUGUGUGAGGAGCGAAGCCUGACAGACCAACACUGUGUUCACAAGUUCCACCUACUGCCUCAGCCAGGAGAGAAGCCAGAUCUGGAUCGCAAUCCACCAAUCAUGAACCACAACAGCAGGGGGCGCUCCACCAGCUCCUGUAACUGUGGCAGGAAACAGGCUCCUCGUGAGGAUCCGUUUGACAUCCAGGCUGCUAAUUAUGACUUCUACCAGAUACUGGAGGAGAAAUGCUGCGGGAAGCUGGAGAGGAUUGAGUUUCCGGUGUUCCAGCCCAGCACUCCUGACCCAGCUCCGGCCUGCAACCAAGCCCAGCGACUCCCAAGUGAGGCCUCGGGGUCUGGUGAGGCGGAGAGGCUGAAGGAGCCCAGCACUGCUCAGAGCCACACACCUGGAGACCCCAGCCUCAGCCUGGCUCUCAGUCUAGGCCAGUCCACAGACAGCCUGGGGCCCUACGCGGACGGAGAUGGCACCGAAACCCAAGUCCAGCAAAAGAGGCCGAGCCUUGUUGACCGCCAGCCCUCCACUGUGGAGUAUCUCCCGGGUAUGAUGCACUCCGGCUGCCCCAAGGGCCUGCUACCCAAGUUCUCCAGCUGGUCGCUGGUCAAACUGGGCCCAGCCAAGUCAUACAACUGCCACACCGGUCUGGAACAGCCAGGCUUCCUACCCGGCUCCUCCUUCCUCUUGCCGUGGGACUUGGUGAUCCGCUCUCGGUCCGAGGAGGACACCGGACUGACGGAGCCUUUGGAUGGAGGCACCUCUUCGUGGCCAGCCCCAAACAAGACCCUGGUGGGAAAGCGAGGGAGCACCGGAGGGCUCGGUAGGGGUCGCAGGAGGGAUGACAUGGCUCGGAUCUUUGUGGGGUUCGAGUAUGAAGACAGUAGAGGAAGACGCUUCAUCAGCUGCGGGCCGGAUAAGAUAGUGAAGGUGCUGGGGCCAGGGGGCGCCAAAGAACCCGCAACGAGGGUGCUAAACACCGACAUGCCGCUGAACAUCCAGUCCCCUUCACAGGGCCGCGGCCUGAAGCCUCACUUCGCCCAGCUGGCUCGCCUUUUUAUUGUGGUGCCGGACGCUCCACUGGAGGUUACCCUCAACCCACAGGUAAUGCCCGGUCCCCCUCCCUGCCCAGUUUUCCACCCAGAGAAGACCGAUAUAGUGUUGCCACCUGAUGGCCUUUGGGUUCUGCGGUUCCCUUAUUCCUACGCAACAGAUCGCGGCCCCUGUUACCCCCCCAAAGAGAACCAACCACUCAACAACUACAAGGUGCUGCGAGGCAUCCUGAAGGCCACGACUGCUAACCCUCCACCACAGUAAACCUAAACCUUUCACAGCGUGAAGGCUUUAUUAUUUAUUCACACUUCCCGAUGUAGGCUGAGAAUGUUUUUUUUUAGUCCGUGACCCCCCAGACCUCAUCUGGUCAAAAUCUGGUUGGAUUUCCUUUUAAAGAGCUGUUGAUAGUCACAGUACCUGCACAUUAAAUCCCAUUGAUUUUGAUGAUCUCUACAAGUUUUGUUAGGAGAAUAAUUUAAACAGAUUUACUUUCAUGCUCCCAGAAGACGAACACAUUCGGCAGUGCCAUCCAGACUUAAGACUUUAACCCCCCCCAUUUCUGUAACUUUCUAUGGCCAGCUUACCUUAUGGUUUUGGACAAAAACUCUUUAUACCCCAUACAAACUCAAACACCAAGUCAAGGUUUACAGGUUUUGUAAAAGCAUAAUGUGGACGUGCUGUAGCAAAUCAUAAAGUCAGCAGCAGUGAGCUAGAGUAGCUAAUAAAACAGAGGCUAAAGUCGAGAGUCCGUAAUUACGCUGAACUACUGUGUUCUGCAACACUUUACUGCACCUAUUUAGCAUUUAUUAGCACUAUAUAAACAUUUAAUAAACAGUCUAUAACACACUAUAAUGUAGUUGUAUUCAGAUAUAAGUGUUUAUUAAUCUAUUUGUAAACAACCUCUUGUGGCUGCUGUACAAACAGAAGUUAUGACAAUAACGUGCCAUAGUAGGAAAUAUCUUCAGAGGAGAAGUUAUAAUUGCUUAUGAAUAUUGUACAUUAAU